CAGAGCCCCCACCCGGACCGCCGCCCGACGAGGGGAAACCAUGAACAUCUUCGCCGGCCUCAUGAAGCUUCUGAGCUCGGAUAAGAAGAAGAAAAAAAAGCAAGCACAGCAGUCGCAAAAGGCACCCAAAAUCCCGGACAACGCGGAGGUCCCCAAAUCCGGCUCAAAGAAGGCCUCGCGCCAGACCCGGAAGAAGAAGGAGAACCACCCGCCGCCGGCGUCGGAGGACGACCCGCAGACGGACGAGGCCGCGUCCGAGGAGGAGGAAGCCCAGAGCGGCCGAAGCGGCGACGAUACGCCGGACCGGGACCGGGACCGGACGGACGAGGACCGGGCCUCCCGGGCGGGCGAGUCCCUCCGAAGCGCCCCGGCGGUCUCGAUCGCAGAAAAUCCGGACGACAAGGACCGGAUGGAGGAGUCGAAGGAAAAAACGCCCGCCAGGACGGCCCGAGAGAAAGAGUGGUGCGAGUGGUUGGCGCAGCGGGAAAGGGAGAGCGGCGCCCGCCUUCAGAAAGCGCUGCAGGACGCCGUGAUCCAGUUCGCCGCCCAGCUGGAGGGCGCCAAGCGCAACAUGGACGGCGCGCUGGCGGACCUGCGGGCGCAGAUGCUCGGCAUGCAGUGGAACAUGGCGGCCGGGAUCCUGCAGCGAGACGAGCGCAUCUCCAAACUGGAGGCGCAAAAUUCUCUCCUGACGGGCAAACGCUCGCACAACGCCGCCGGCGCGUCGGCCCGCGUCGAGCCCUCGCACCACUCGUCGUACGACUACAGCUUUGCGCCGGUGCCGCCGCCGUUCCUCCUCUCGCGGCCCUCCGGUCCGCAGUACCCCAUGCCCGACGGCAGUUUCCCCUCGUACCUGCAGCCGCCCUUCGAUCUGGACCGCGGACCGCCUGCGUUUCUUUGAAGAAAGUUGACAUCUCGGGUAAAAAUCAAGAUGUUGCCUUUCAAAGUGACUGCUUGUGGCGUUUACAGAAUUCACCCGCGGGACCUCGAGUUGGGUUCCGCACGGACUGUUUUUGUUGUUGCGCUUCCGGAGGAAAGGUUAACAGAGUUCCCGCCGUUACGCGAGUCGUUUGGUGAUGUCGAACAAUAAAGCAAGUUCUGUUCCUGUGUCCGACACUCCGCCUCCGGCGCUACAUGCUCACAUUUGAACCGAGGAUUUCCAGAUUUGCGGUGCAGGCUAACAUCAGUUAGCAUGCUCUACUUGAGAUGUCAAACAUGUUUGGAGAUUUCCUUUCAACCUGCUGUCACGUGACCAAGGACAAAAAAAAAAAAGUUCACUCUUCGCCUCACCGUCCCACAAACUUGUCGGAAUGUUCCGCCGCUGAGUUGCUUUCGGUCCGCAUCGAAUAAAAGCGCGCAGUUAUGACUUCAAAAGGAUGUUUGGAGGCGUAAGAGCAUCGUCUCCAUUAUUUAUAACGCCGCCGCUAUCAUUAAUCUUAUCGUGCGCUCUUUCUUGUGUUUCCACUGCAAAAAGUGUCAGUGAGGAUUCCGCCGGAGUGAAAAACGGGAACGUGGCAGCGAAGCCGCCGCGCGAAUCUUUUUCACAUUUGUUCUAUCUGGCUGAUCGGUGUUUAUCUCAACGCGAGCGUGCAGAUGUUGGCUCACCUCGUCUCCCUUCAUCUCGCGGAAUCGAAAAUGGGCUCCGGCGGCGCGAAGACGUCUCGCCGCGUCUGCCGAGACGAAGCCGAGCCGGCGCGAUGACGAUCUGCAAAUGGAGCCAUCAAAAAAAAAAAAAAAAAAAAAAAAUCAUCGCAACUGUCAACAAACUUUUGCCCCCCCCCCCCUCCCAAAAAAAAAAAAAAAAAAGUUCUGCCCGCUUUUCCUGCCCACAAUUAAAAUGUCAUCAGUAGCAGAUAUUGAGAAUUCAACAUCCACAAAUGAUCAAGAGAAGAACAAUUCAGCCUCGCCAGUGCCGCGUUUCUGGCUACUAGUGCGCUGCUUUGGUUUCCCGACAAGAGAAUCGGAGGCCAUCUUGUCGCCGUUUUGCCUCGAGGGGGCCGUUAUUGCGUCAUCGCCUCACCACUUUUUACACAAAAACUCAAAUGGAUCGCUACUUUUGAAAUCGGACCUCAAAGGUGCUCAACGGACUGUAAAACUGGUGUGGGAAGGAAGAAGAAGAAAAAAAAAGAAUAAUUCAGUACAACGUUAUUACGCAGGUUGGUACAAAUUUCAGCAAGAAUCGUAAAUGUUGAAGCAAACGAUUUGCUUUUGCUGCGGUCGUGUGUCCCAAUUUAGGGGGAACAAAAAAUAUCCACAAAAAGUUAGGGUGGAACUCAA